UGAGCAUCGUGUACUGGCGACCGUAGUAGAGAGAAAGAAUCGAAUGGUGGUGCGGACGACGAGCAUGGAAGAGAAGUAGACGAGGCCGGAUUGCCUGUCGAAUUCGCAGCCGCAGCGUGUGUUUCUAGGCGUCGCGUUCGUUUCGUUGCGUGCGGUGACAUGUCGGCCAGUGGUCGGGACGCGUUCUAGGCCGCGUGCACCCCGCCGACAGCCGAAAGAAGAGACUUUUGAGUCGGGCGUCAAGAUGGCGCCGUGCCCAGAGGAUCCGCAAGGAAACGAGCCCAAAGCCCCCGACAAGACGGCCCCGGGCGCUGAGGAGGCCACGCCGACGCGCGACGAGGCCGCCGCCCCUGCCGAGGACGCCGAGCACCCUUCUGCAGACCAAAGGGAGCCACCAAAGCCAGCCAAUGUGUCACACAUGAAUGAUGGCCAGCUCAAAGCGCUGCUUGACGAAGCCUACAGCUACAAGAGCCCGAAAGACCGUGUCGGAAAGAGUGAAAUUUUCAAUGAGCUGCUGAAGAAAGUCGAAACCACAGACGAGGACAGCAACGUUGAACCGAAUUUGCCCUUCACUGAAUCCAGGUUUGGGGUGAACAAAAGGCGCUUGGGCAAUCGAAGGGAGAAGGGUGGUUCUGAGCGUCAGUCACACUCCCUGCAGAAUAUCAACCAGUGCCAUCAGGGUGACCCGCCAGCUCGGAGGCACGGCCCGCACCAGUUCCGCAGGGGCGCCUCGACUUCCUCCACUUGCUCAUCGGUUACCUCAGAAAGUGUCAGCACUCGCCAGCGUGAAGGUGGCUCUCUGCCAUGCAGCGUGAACGACAUGCAGUACAACUUCCCCCCUGGAGACUACUCGGCCAACAAUAACUCUGUGCGAGGCAGCCUGGAAGACCUGCGAUCUUUCAGCAUGCAACCCCGCCAGACAUCUCAGGAGCCGCGCCGCUCAACAAACUCGCCACUCGGCACAGAACUUACCACAUUUGAAACUGCCAGGGAAGACAAAAGCUACCACAUGCAGUCUCUCCAGCUGGAAAAGCAAAUGAUCGAGAGUGCUGCCGCCAAACACAUCGUCCACGAAACCUUUUCAGAGCCUGCUGCUGCUUCGUAUAAGACUUACGCCACAUUCAAUGUCUCUAAAGACUCGGAGGAGGUUGACAAAGGCAUUAAUAUCAUCAGAUCAUUUCAACGUCAAACUAAAAUCUUGAUGCAGCAACAUCCAUCCGAAACCUUCAGUCUGGGAAUGCAGCAAGAAACACCCAGCGUCACAUCUCUAUUAGAUGGAAAACCUUCUCCAUCAAUUACUACUAUGUCAAGCAUUCUUAAAUCCUCGGGGAAACCUGCCACUAAACUUCCUACUGGCGUCUUCAAUUCGAAAGUGGACGAAAAUGAAAAUGUGGCUGGUGCCAACUCUGAAAGUAGCAAUUCGCAAAAAAAGAAAAAGAAGAAGCAGGAUACAACAGUUCCUAGUGAGGAUAUCGAGGGAUUCGUUGGAGACAAACCCUUGGACUAUCUCAUCAAGUACAUUGGCGAAGGAGCGACAAACAAAGGCAGCAAGGUUGCGCUUACCAAUGACUUAAAGCACAAGGAGCCAAAACAUGAAGGUGGUUUGAGCACAAGUCGUCGCAGCCAACGCUACUCAGAAGACGGGAAGAAGGACCAGCAGAAGCAAAGUGCCAAAAUGGGUAGGAAAGGCGUCCUCGAUGCUGGCAGGAAUAAAAUCAAGAGAGCAAACAGCUACGAAGAGGUCUCACAAUCAAAGCGUGAGGAGCUCACUAUACAGCCGUACUGCAGAUCAAUUGGAGGAGAAGAUAGAACUUCUGAGGCAAGCAAGGAUUUGGACUACGAUGAGGAAGAGUACAAUAGAAUGCUGGACGAGCAAAAUGGAAAUGCAAGCGUCAAAAGUGAAGAUUUCCAAGGCAACUUGACUGGUUCAGACUUUCCAGACAACUACUCCGACUCCAAUAUUGUCCACAACGAGGACAGCUUCGAGUUCCAAACGGUUACUAACAGUAAGAAGCAGAGGCGCAAGAAACAGAAGGUUGCCCAGGAUCACCCUGUGCGUCAUUCUUACAUUCGUGGCGGCUCAAUGGGCUACGAGGAGGAGCACUACCAGCAUCAUCACCAUUACCCUCAUCACUCUGUAGGACGUCGCAAGCUCAAGUCGACCUCCAGCAUGCCGCCGUCUGAUCAGUCCGGCGCUGAAAGCAGCGACGACUGUGAUAGCGUUCACUCCAUGCCCGCCAGCUCGCGCCUUCCUUCGACUACCUCUUCCGCUCCUGACCACUCGGCCACCAUGUCUUACGCUGCGAUCGCCAGAAACCCACCCCCACCCCCUCCUCCAGCAGCCGCGGCCACAGAGGAGAACUGGCCGCAGGUGGCCGAGGAGACGGCCUCCUCUUCCAUCUCGUCCACCACGACUGAGCCAAACACUCCUCCCGAAGAGCCGCUUAAUGUCCUUGGCGACUACUACCCGUCGCUUGCAGAAAGCUACAAGGGCGGCAGUCGGAAGGCGUCCGAGGAGCCACCGCCUGUGCCACCCAAGCUGCCCAACGGCGACGUCAAAAGGCAGUCUUCCCUGCCGCCAAAGAACCCGCCUGCACCUGCCAAGGCCAAGUCGGUGACGCCUCCGGUCUCGACGCGCCCGCUGAAGCGUGUUCCACAAAAUCAGCCACCUGUGAUAUUUGAUGAAAAGACUCUGUGCAGUGAUAGCGUGGAAGGACUGACUUUUGGUUUCAGCGUGAACCCCUCCUUGAUGGAUGAAGCAAGCCUCGUGCUCCCUCCCCAGCUGGACUGUGCCCCUGUUCUCGCGCCCCCUCCUCCACCGACCAAGCAGAAAGUAGUGUCGUCGCCAACUGCUCGGGUGGAAGUCGCCGCCACCAUCGUUGCUCCUGAGAGCGAUUUGCCCACCACCAAGAAGACUAAAGACUUUUCAACCAUGUUCAGACCGCCUCCUCAGUCCUCCGCUGAUUACUCUGGACAUCCCACGUAUAACCAAAUGGAGAUUAUCAACUUUGUUGGGAAUGCCUGGGCAUUAGUCACGUGCGAGCUGAAUAAGGAGAGUCCAAACAGCCGAUCCAUCCAUUACUUUUACGAGUGAAAGUUGAGGACGGACUGCCUUUGGCAUGGGUCUCUUGCUGGUUGAAGCAGAAUGAGAAGAAGUUUCCUACAACCAAUCGUUUUCAGGCUGACAGACAGACACGAACGCAGUGUGUGUUCCCCAAACUAGCAAGCAAGCAAGCAUACCCAACAAAAACACCUCUUUGCAUCUGCUGCUUUGGCAGCCCAGCCGUUCGAACUGCAGUUAGUGUUACGUCGUCGUGGCCUUGUGAUAAAUGAAAAAUGAAAACUUAGCAGACGAUAAAAAUUCAAACCAAGAGACACACAACAUGUUAAGCAGUUGAAAAAGGUUCCUCUGUUCAUUGAAAGAAAGUUGUUGAGCUGAAACAAAAAGUACUUUUGCUGUGCGAAAACCAAUUUUGGCGCUUCGUGAGUUCAAGGACAUAAUACAUGAGGAUUGUAGCAAAAUUGAUAGCAUAGUUUCACAUUUUUGGUUCAAUUUGUUGUUUUUUUUUCAAUCGCGACCAAUGAGAUUUUGCGAAUAUCUGGUCAAACUAGUCCAUAAAGUGGGAUGACACCAAGAGCAAUAAGCAUAACUCUCUCACAAAUGAGCCCGUUAUGAAAUUAAUUAAUUCAAGUGCUGCUGAUUCUAGCAAUAUGCGAGUUGAAAUGAAUAACGCUGAAUAACGCCCUGCCUGACUGGACUUAUGCUGUUGAUAAAGUCACUGAUUGUUGUGUGUCAUGCCAGAGAAAAUGCAGACUAACCGAAUUCGCUACCGAAAGGAGACAAUAUACUUAAAAUCCGAGCGUGGUGAGCACGAAUGAGUGUUUCCAAACUUGUAACCCAUGUUUUACUCUUGAAUGCUGUUUAAUUUAUUCUGUUGGAUCAAAUUUUAUACUGCGAUUUGUCUACUUUUUUUCUUGAGAUUUGAGCAUGAGCUUUUCGAAUUUGUCUUUAAAUCAUUCCUUAAGUUGUACGUAAAGAUUUGUUAUCAGUUUCUAUCCAAUUCGAUCCCCAUGUUCUUUAUUUUCCAAACUCGAUUGAUUCUUUUGUUGUUGUUGAAAGACUGGGAUGAUGAGAAAAAUGAAAACCACAAAAAGAGUAAUCAAAUUAAGAUUUAAAAGAAGAAAAAAAAAUUAAAAAAAUAUCACACACACAGUACACAAAACAUCUCACACUCAAAACACAUGAAACGAAAAAUAUCAGAAUGAAAACUUACAGUGUUAACGUAACAUUCAUUAUUCACCUGUUGCAAAAAAGAUAUAUUAAAACGUGUGGCGUCUAAUGUUGUUCUGUUUAAAUCAGAUUCCACACACAAAACGCCCCGAGAGCUCUGAAAAGAAGCCCCAAUAAAAGUCCCCGACAAUCCCUGCUACUUCGGCUCUUUGGGGCCUCCGCCAUCAUUGGUUUCCACCCCGCACUGGCACCUAUGAGAGCUGCAUUAAUUUAUAUAAAAUGUACAGUGUUAUUGUCAUGCAAGUGAGCAAACGAAAGGAGCCAAUGCCCGUGUAAUAUCUAUAUUUUUGUUGUGAGAGCGAGUCGUCAGUUCCUUUCAUAGGUGCCAUUUCAAUUGCUCCCCCAGAAUAAGCAAACCAAACAAGCCAAGCCUGUCGCUUAUUUCUCCACUCCCGUCGCUGAGAAUGAGAGAAGAAAAUUUGAAUUAGUGCAGACGUGCGACUGAAUUUGCUUUUCUAAAUGUCCUCGCGGACAAAACCUAGAAAUUUUCGCUGCCCACAGAGCAUUUUGGCCUAACUCUUCCCGACUUGUACGACUUGAGAAAAUCCAACAACCCCAAUCCCUCCUAUGGUAUAUCAAACUACUGAUGCAAGUAUGAUUUCCAUUUGUCGCUCUUGAAGUGGAAAAGUCGCAAGGUCUAUUGCGGAUUGAAAAUAUGUAAACAUGAUGCAAAAUAAAUGUUGAAAAAUUUUGGAGAUAGCUUUCAUAAAAACCUUCCUGAAUACUUUGCACUUAAAAAUUUAUGAAUAAUACUGUUCGAAUGUAUUUGCUCUUUAUGGCAAGCAAAUUAAUUUGGUUAAUUGAAUAUAAUUUGAAACCAUGUAAUUUUUAUUUAGAAUAUUGAUUUUAUUGUGAACUUCAAAGCUUUUGAAAAUAUGAUUGAAACUGAUUUCCAUCAACAUUUAUGUUCAAUAUACUGAGCUGGAAUUACAAAAUAAAAUGUUGCUUCUCCAAACA